AUGCAUAGAACGAUUCAACAACGUGGUGCCUGCAAGGGGCAAAUAACGCGCACCCUCAACAGUGCUGUGGAGUUUUCACAAAGAUGUGAGAAUGUGGAAACAUUGCAAUUCAAGCUGGAGCGUUUGGUCGCCACUUUCAACCACUUUAUGGAGCUCUCUGAUGAGUUAGUGGAAUUUCACUUGGAGGAGGGAUAUGAAGACCCUGGAUUGGACAUACCCGAAUACGAAGACAAGUUCUACGCCGCGCAUGCUAUUUUUAGUAACGCCAUCAAGGACAUGGGAGGUCAGGAUCAUGGACAGGACCAGUCGAACAUUCUACUUUCAAGUACAGUGGAACGCCUAUUUGAGGGACAAAACAACCUUUUGGAGAAAAUUCAUACUUCAUCGGGAACUGCUGAUUUAAGGUUUGAGAAAAUUCGGAUUCCCACAUUUUCUGGUAAAUAUGAGGAUUGGAGCCAGUUUAGUGAUCUGUUCUUAAGCUCAGCACUGGAUGUAGUCAGCCGCCGCACCUUCGCCAAGGAUACAAAAUUAUGCUUCAACUGCUUGAGUCGAUCGCAUCAAGUCAGGGAUUGUAAUUCAUCGAACACUUGCCGUCAGUGCAACGCUAAGCAUCACACGUUAGUACACCCGAUUGAAGCAAGAUCGGUUCCUGUGGCACCUGCGCACUCGACUGCCGCUGAUACGAAUACUGCCGCUGUUAGCCAUCAUAUUUUGGAGAGGGCCAACAAUCCAGCCCUACUGCCAACUGUUGUCGCCAAUGUUAUUGACACAUGGGGAAACGAGACCUCGUCUCAGCAGGUCAAAUCAAAUGCAACUAUUUGGACCAAGAUUCGCAGCCUACCGCUAGCUGACCCGACGUUUGGAUCUCCGGGCAAAAUCGACGUUAUCUUAGGCGCUGAUCAGCUGUGGAACUUAUAUACUGGACAUCGCCGAGAGUUUGGUAUCGAAUACCCCAUCGCACUGCAUACUAAUUUUGGUUGGGUUAUUACAGGCAGCUACACUGAUGGUAACAAAGCAUCUACGCACGCACAAGUUCAUCACGCUUAUGAAGAUUUGGAUUCCUUAGUUCGCUCAUUUAUGGACAUGGAACAAGUGCAUCCGAGUAAAACAACGAUAGACGCCAGUGAUCCCGCCGAACAACAUUUUCUGAAAACACAUGCUCGUAGAGAAGAUGGUGUUUAUAUUGUUCAAUACCCAUUCAAGGAGCUCCGCACGCCAAUUGGCUCCACUUUGCCACAGGCUUUAAACCGCUUCGCCGCUUUGGAAAGGAAAUUUAGAAGAUUCCCCGCACUCAAACAACAAUAUGUGGAUUUCAUGGAUGAUUAUUUAAAUCGAGGACAUAUGGAAUUGAUUCCGGCUGCUGCAGGCGGUGAGGAUCCCGCACGCUACAACUAUUUGGCACACCAUGCAGUUUUUAAGCCAGAUAGUACUACCACACGUUGCCGAGUGGUAUUUGACGGCUCUGGAAAGGAUUCCACGGGUCAUUCUCUUAAUUCGCGACUGCAUAUAGGACCGCCUAUUCAACGGGACUUAAUUGGAUUUGGAGGAAGGGAUGAAAACGCUACGCUGGAUCAUUAUCGACUGUUGACAGUAACAUAUGGAUUAGCUUCAUCGCCGUUUAUUGCAGUUCGAGUUCUUAAACAGCUCUCGAAUGACUAUGCCGAAUUGUAUCCCACCGCUGCUGUCGUGCUCAACAGAGACGCGUACGUUGAUGAUAUUCCUACUGGAUGCGACAACAUCAAGGAUCUCAUUGCACUCAAAGAUGAAUUGAUUCUGCUUCUUAGCGAAGCUCAAUUCAAAUUGCGAAAGUGGAGCUCAAACUGUUACGCCCUUUUAAAGUCGUUGCCAAAGGAGAUUUGUGAGUAUCCACCAGAGGAUUUAGAGGAAGACCGCUCAAUUCGAUUUGUUAAAGUCCUGGGAUUGUGUUGGGAACCAAAACCGGACUAUAUUUUCUUCAAAUUAGAAACCCCCGCAUUUACGACUGCUCUUACUAAACGCAUAUUGCUUUCAGAACUAGCCAAGAUCUACGACCCGCUGGGUUUGCUUUCGCCAACUGUUGUUUUUCUGAAGAUCCUAUUUCAAGAUAGUUGGCUAAGUUCUGUCGAUUGGAAUGAAGUACUACCGCAGCAAAUAUGUACACGAUGGCAACAGUUUGCAUCGGAAAUGCAUUUAUUGGAAACUUGUCGAGUUCCUCGCUACAUAUCUGCACCACAUCAAGAAAUGGAACUGCACGGAUUUGCUGAUGCAUCAUCUCAAGCGUAUGCUGCCGUCAUCUAUAGCCGCGUCGAAGUCAACAAUGGAUAUGCUGUCAAACUGAUUAUGGCUAAAACUCGCGUAGCCCCUAUUAAGCCUAUCUCCAUUCCGCGACUAGAGUUAAACGCAGCUCAUUUACUCUCUAAACUGAUUUAUCUGGUCAAGCAAUCAUUAACUGUUCCUAUUUCCAGAAUUAAUUGUUGGUCAGACUCUGAAAUAGUCCUGCAUUGGCUAUCUUCUCCGCCUAGGACUUGGAACACCUAUGUUUGCAACCGCACUGCUGAAAUUCUAGAGGUUUGCCCACGCAGCUGCUGGCAACAUAUUCGAAGUGGUGAUAAUCCCGCAGACUGCGCAUCGCGAGGAGUACUGCCAAGGGACCUCGUGGAUCAUCAAAUAUGGUGGAAUGGACCACCUUGGCUAUCUCAGUCACGUUCAGCUUGGCCACCUGUUAAAGCUAAGUUUGUUCUGUCGACAGAAGAAGAGGCCUGCCUAGAGAUGAAGGCUGAAACGAAAGUUAAUCUACACAUUUCCGACGACGGAAAUUUGCUAUCUUGUAUGAUCAACAAAUCCUCCUCAUGGUCCCGCUUAUUAAGGAUAGUCAGCUACUGCCUUCGCUUCGUUCAUCGUCUUCGUGAGAGGAAUCGACUUUCACCAUUCCUAUCGGCGUGGGAGCUACAAUAUGCACGAGCUAAGAUUUUUGCGCACGCUCAAGAGGAGUUCUUCAACGUGGAGUACAAGCAGUUAACUACCGGACAGCCAUUGUCGAAGAAAUCGAAGUUGAUCCGCUACACACCCUUUUAG